CGGCUCUCAGCUCUUCUCUCCCUCUCAAGAUGGCGGCGGUCGGCGGCGCUGAGGCGGGAGCCGGGCCCGCGGAGUGAAGGCCUGGUCCUGUAGCCGGGAAGGAGUCUGGAAACGGCGCCCCAUUCUCAGGUCCUGCAGGACGGCCAUGGCUUAUGAUGACUCCAGGAAGAAAGAAGAUUGCUUUGAUGGUGACCAGAGUUUGGAGGACAUAGGACUGGCGCCUGGCCGGAGCCAACGAGAGAAGAAGCGUUCUUAUAAGGAUCUUUUAAGAGAAGAAGAAGAGAUUGCCGCUCAGGUCAGGAAGUCCUCCAAGAAGAGGCUGAAGGAGAGAGAUCUCUUCUCCCUGGGCACGGACACGCACAAGAGGAGGAGGAAGCAUUCCUCCGGCGAGUCCUGCUAUGGAGAUCUUUCACCUUUGGAGUCGUCACAGAAGAAAAAGAAGAAGGUGGUACCGAGUUCCCCCGCCUCCGAUACAGCCAUGGACCUGCUGAAGGCUAUCACAUCCCCCCUUGCAACAGGUUCCAAGCCCCCCAGAAAAACUGGGGAGAAAUCCUCGUUCUCUUCCUUUAGCUCCUCAAGCUAUUCAGAAAGCAAAAAGGAGCAGCACCCCAGAAAAAAGGGGAGCAGCGGCAGUGGUGGGGAGCUCUCCCUUGAGGACGGUGGCUUCCAUAAGGCCAAAAAAAUGAAGCCGCUUUAUGUGAAUACGGAGACCUUGACCUUGCGAGAGCCAGAUGGCUUAAAAAUGAAACUUAUUCUCUCACCCAAAGAGAAGGAAGGCAGGACAGGUGACGAGGAGCCUUUUCAGAAUCCCCCUCCACAAGGGACAAUGAAAAAGUCCUCCAAGAAAUCAGCUCGAGAUGAGCAGGGCACUUUCCUCCUUGGGCACGAACUGCAGAGUUUCCUAAAAACGGCCAGGAAGAAGCACAAGCCGGCCCCGGACCAGCACCCCUCUCCUGGCCCCGAAGGCUUCUCCUCCGACGCCUCCAUCUUUUCGGAAGCCCACGGCACUGACUAUGAGCUCUCCAGCCUCGAACCUGCUCUGGAGUCGGGUUCAUCCUCGGGGGCUGAGCUAGAGGCAGGUGAACUGGUGAUUGAUGACUCUUACCGGGAGAUCAAGAAGAAGAAGAAAAGCAAGAAGAGCAAGAAGAAGAAGGACAAGGAGAGGCACAAGGAGAAGCGGCACUCCAAGUCCAAGAAGAGCCCUGGGCCCUCUGCUGGGACCGUGGCUGUAGGGGAAGCCACGGGGGCAAGCCCUGGGCCCCUGCCCCCAGCGAGCACACCUUUCCCGGCAGCCACGCCUCCACUCCCACCACCAGUCUUCCAUCCUGAUGGGCAGAGCGAGAAGAAGAAGAGGAAAGAAGAGAAGGAGAGGGAGAAGUCAGAGAAAACAGAAAAGCCAAAGAAGAAGAACAUGUCUGCUUACCAGGUAUUCUGUAAGGAGUAUCGGGUCACCAUCGUGGCGGAGCACCCAGGCAUAGAUUUUGGGGAACUGAGCAAGAAAUUGGCUGAAGUAUGGAAACAGCUGCCAGAAAAAGACAAACUGGUCUGGAAACAGAAGGCCCAAUACCUCCAGCACAAGCAGAAUAAGGCCGAGGCCACCACGGUGAAGAGGAAGGCGGCCACCGGCUCCGAAGGGGCCAUGAGAAUCAAAGCUUCUCCUACUGGAGUGAUGUCGCCUCAUAAAAAGUCCCCUUCCAGCACAGUCGUGUUAUCUUCCUCCCCAGCCAAAGUCCCUGAAACAGACCCCAUUGAUGUAGCUGCACACCUUCAACUCUUGGGAGAAUCGCUGAGCCUUAUCGGUCACCGGCUGCAAGAAACCGAGGGAAUGGUGGCCGUUUCUGGAAGUCUGUCAGUUCUCCUCGAUUCCAUCAUUUGUGCUCUCGGUCCUCUGGCCUGCCUGACCACACAACUGCCUGAGCUGAAUGGCUGCCCUAAGCAAGUUCUGUCGAAUACUCUGGACAACAUCGCCUACAUCAUGCCCGGACUCUGACAGCCAAGGAUUCUGGGACCCGCCCUCUCCCUGCCCCCCUGCUGGCCCGCGUGGACAUGGACUGUUUUGGCGCCCGUUGCUGGCUUCUGGGUGUAGGUUUUAAUGUUUUUAAUAUAUGUACAAUAUAUACAUAGGAUUGUAACUACCUACUUUUAACAAUUUUAUGGAACGUGAAGGCCCAGCCAAGGGGAGCCUUGGCUUAAAUGUGGGUUUGGGUUUUUAAUUUUGUUUUGCUUUGCUUUUCUCCGGUGGUGGAUCAAUCUGCCUUAAAAUCAAAGAAACUUGGGGCCUGGGGGUUGUUCUGGGCACCGAAGGCAUCUCUUUUAUGGACAGAUAAAACGUGGUGGUUUUGUUCCGAGCCGAGUGUUGUCCCCCAGACCUAUCAUUGACCGUUUGCCUUAUCUAUCUUGCAGUGGGAAGUGUAAGAGGGAAGAAAGGGAUGGGAAGAGGGGAAAGAAAACACAGGUCCUCUCAACUCGAGGUGACCAUCUCCACUUCAUGCCAGUUGGGAGAUGACAAAGUCAUUUCCGCCUGGAGGAAAAGAACAGGUUUAGGCAAGGGAUGACUAGCUCCUGGUCCCAUCAUUAGUCUGGAUGGAGGCCCAGGGCCUCCUGGGAGGGCCCAGCCCACGGGUGCAGCACGCCAGACACCCGCCGAGCUCCUCCUGGAACGCACUUAGUGGGAUGCACUGGCAGAGGGCUGGCGGCUCCAGGCCCGGGGCCUGAACUCCCCGAGGCCUCUGAGGGCCACUGCUUCAGGUGCUCGGUGGCGGGAGAAGACGUGGGUUUGCUCAGCAGGGCCCUCCCUCAUCGGCCCAUCUUCCAGGGUCUCCUAGCAUGUAAGUGCUGAGUAUCUGCUCUCUGCUCACAAGGGAGCUGCAGGAAAGCACUUGAGUCUUAGGUAGUUUUGUAUGUGUGUGUGUGUAUGCGUGUGCGUUUUAAUCAUGUAUAUUUAACUCUUUAAAAUCUGUUAGUUUUUAAUUUAUCCUGUAAAUUUCUGUAUAUAUAAUUUAAGUAACAAAAAAACCUCCACCAGCAGCAGCAUGUGGAAGAUUGAGAUUGGUUAGAUCUGUUCCUCUUCCAACCCCUUUCCUCAUCCUCCCUCCAGGCUGCCCCAGAAACCCUAACACACCUGUAGCUUGAAGCAUUUCUUGACAAAGAAGAAUCAUUCCUUUAGGAUUUUAUUCCUCGUGGAAAAUUGUGUGGGCUUUGCUGAAGAUGAAGGGCUAAGGCAUGUGUAUGUGGGGCGUGUGUGCGCGCGUGUGUGUGCAUGUGUGUGUGUGACCCUUAGCCUUGUUUCCACACAACCAGAAUAAUUUCACUUUCUCGUAGGAGAGAAAGCUGUUGAAGUUUGGGGGCCCAAGGUCUGCUUGAGUUAGGUCUGACCUCUGUGGUCUGCCUCCUGGGGCUCCUUUCCCUGGGCUCCAGUCCAGCUGGCUCAGAGGAAAUUCUUGGGGAGCCUCUGAGGUUCCCCCCAUCACAUAGCCAUGCUAUCACCAAGCUCAGCUUUGGGACAGUCACCAGGAGCCGUGUGCACGCCCCCUCACCAUUCAAAGCUGCUGUGCGGUUGAACCGAAAAACAGGGAGAAAAGGGAAGGGAUGGGAAGUGGCGGGGUUGGCCUCCUGACCCAAAGCUUUGUUGCACACCAGUUUAAAGUAAAAAAAAAUGUUUUUAAAAAAGCUUCCAUUUUAACAAGGAGGGAACACUGAGACUUAGAUCUAGAACCAGAAGAGGUUCCUUCUAAGUUGUCAUUUUUAGAGUAAGGAAAUUCUGAUGUGGGCCCAUUCUUUGUUUUUGUUUUGUUUUCAAAACCGAACCCCAUUGUAUUUGUAUUUAAAAUUUGUACACAUUUGUAUAAUAAUCUGUACCUUGUGGCAUUUGGUACUAUUAGAGGGAGAGCUUUGGAUUCAGACCCACUUACAGUUUUUAUAUCAUUGCUUUGGUUUGGUUUUUUAAACAAAUCCUAGUGGUUUGGUCCAAAUUCCAUUAAAGUUGUAUAAAGAAAUAAAAUUUUGUACUUAUAUAUUAAAACAAAACCCACAUUUUUAA